UAAGCUCACUUGUAACAACUUCAAAUCGAUCGGCCAGUAGUACGGACUAUCUACAAUGAUUCUCUCAUCUUCUUCGCUGAAUUAGAGCAGAAUCGAUAUGUUUCGAUCUUCUCGGGUUUUACAGACCUUGAAGGCUAUAACUGUGUUUUGACAGGCUACCAUGGCGUGGGAACUGCUUCUUUGGUUGAUCUCUUUCUUCGUCUGUAUAGCGCUUCUUGCAGUGGUCAUUUAUCAGCUUAUAUGCUUAUCAGAUUUGGAGUUCGACUGUAUAAAUCCUUAUGAUUCAUCAUCUCGGAUUAAUGCGGUGGUUAUCCCAGAGUUUAUAGCGCAAGGAACAUUAUGUGCUGUUUACCUCUUGACAUGGCAUUGGUUCUUGUUUCUUAUAACAGCACCAGUUAUGUACUAUCAUAUACGAUUAUAUAUGAGACGACAGCAUUUUAUCGAUGUCACUGAGAUCUUUAGAUUACUUAAUGGCGAGAAAAAACAUCGAAUGGUCAAGCUUGCAUUUUAUUUGCUUCUCUUCUUCGUAAUCAUAUACAGGCUUGUAGCAACUGCUGUUAUGGCCCUUAUUGAUGAUAAUGAUGAGCCACGUGUGCAUGAAUAUCGGGUAUUUUAAAACCCCUUGCACUAAUAGUGUGGUGGCUUCCACUUUAAGUCCUGCUUUACAAUACGUCACCCAAUAUGAUGUGAUCUUCCACUAAUUUGACGACCUGUUGAUGCACAUUGACUAGAAGUUCGCGCAAGGGGUGAAGCCUCUGAAUUUGCCUUAGAGAGGCUACUGUUAGGUGGCUGAAUUUUCUCGUAGUAUUAUUUAAAUAGUACUCAUAUAGUCAUAUGCAGAAUUGGUUCUUGUUUUAUUUUUUCUCCAAAGUACUUUUCCUGUUCUCUCCCCUGCUCAUUUCCCUAAACAUCCCCCUUCCCCCCCAAAAAAGAAGAAAGAAUGGUGGAAUGUAAGUAUUACUAAAAUAUUUGGAUUUCUUUGCUGCUUGCCGUUUGUCAUUUGUGUAUACCCUACUAUAAGGAAAGAAAGAUUUGCUAGUUUUUUAAUUUUCCUGUC